CCUGGUUGCCUUGGUUAGAGCGUGAAGGGCUGAACCGUAGUCCAGUGGACUACGCAAGCAAAUCAUCGGCGGUAGUGCAGAAGAGACGGCCAGAGAGUUUUGCUUCCUUUCGCCUACGUGUUGGAUUGAUCAUCAGCGGAGGUGCACGGCGACGGACCGGAGAAGAAAAAAGUUCGGAAGAAAAUUUCGCCGCCAUCUUGACGUGUGUGAAGUUCGUCGUCGUCGUUCCGUGCGUUCUCGCGACUGAAAAUAUUACGGAUCUUUUGUGUCGGUCGGCCGUAUUGCGCUCGGUUCGGUUCCGUCGCGAGUUGUCGUGUGUUCCGGUCAUAGUGGUGCUGCAGCUCAGGGUGGCCUGGAGCCAUACGGAUUGCAGAACUCUCCGGGUCCCCGGUUUCUCGCUAUAGUUAAUCACUCCCUUGUUUCGGGUGUUUCUGGUGAAUGAAUCAGACGGUGACGACGUCGGCGAUCAUUUUCUCCAGCGGAAAUCUACGCUUUGUCCGGAGGAAAAAAGGAAAACCUGUGUUUAACAUUGUGAUUGUAAGAUAGAAACCAGUCAAAGCUAGAGGAGCAUCACGGACUAACCGCCCACAGUAACCCACACUUAGACCAAGUGAUAUCUUCAACAAACGGAAAGCUCAUCUUAUCCACAAUACAGAGAAGGCAGAAACCCAAAACUCCGUUCUCCUUAGGUUAGGAUUUUUUUUAUUGGACUGCAAAAAUCAACCGAUAAUAACAGAAACUAGCAAACGAUAAGACAAAGCAAGCAGCAGCAGCAUGGGGAACGUUUUCGCAAAUCUGUUCAAAGGACUGUUCGGCAAGAAGGAGAUGAGAAUAUUGAUGGUCGGAUUGGACGCCGCCGGUAAAACCACAAUUCUGUAUAAACUAAAAUUAGGCGAAAUUGUUACAACGAUCCCUACCAUUGGUUUCAACGUGGAGACUGUAGAAUACAAAAACAUUAGUUUUACAGUAUGGGACGUAGGCGGUCAAGACAAGAUCCGGCCUCUGUGGAGGCAUUACUUCCAGAACACACAAGGACUUAUCUUCGUCGUGGACAGUAACGAUCGAGAACGUAUCGGAGAAGCCCGCGAAGAACUGAUGCGAAUGCUGGCGGAAGAUGAACUCAGAGAUGCCGUUCUACUUAUAUUCGCCAACAAACAGGAUCUACCAAACGCGAUGAACGCCGCAGAAAUCACCGACAAGCUGGGCCUGCAUUCGCUGAGAAACCGCAACUGGUACAUCCAGGCGACCUGUGCAACGAGCGGCGACGGUUUGUACGAAGGUCUCGACUGGCUAUCCAACCAGCUGAAGAACGCUAACCGUUAAGUUGUGUGUAUGUUUGUGUGCAUCAGGUAGGCAGACAGGCAAGUGGGGGGGAGCAGAUGAAGAUGUAAGAGAAAAAGCAGCCUCAGCAAGCGAAGAAGCAGCACGAUGUUGAUGGUGAUGAUGAGGGAUAGAAAAAAUAACAAGACGGACGAGCAGUAACUGCGAGCGAGCGAGAUUGAGACAAGCAAGAAAAGUAGAGAGCGAAAGCGAGAAAACUGUAACAAUAGUAAAGCUCCGUUGAUAAUUGAGAUAGGUGAAUGAAACCAACAAAUAAAAGUAGCAAAAUAAGGAACCGAAAACCAACUCUUUAAAACAAUGUAAGAAACAAACAAAACACAGUAAUAAGCAGAAGCCAGCCAGGUGACGAGUGUGUGGAUGAUUAUAUUGGAAAAUUGGGGAAAAAAAUAAUAUAAAGUAAUAUAAUGGUAAAAAAUAAAGUAAAACACACUAAAAAAAAGCAAAACAAAACAGAGCUGAAGCGUAUAAAAUAAUUUAGCAUGUGAGAAUAAAACAUAAGCUAAGCUGUGCAAGAAUUAUGGAAUACAAGUGAGCUAAAAUAAAAUGGACGUUAACUGAAAACGGCAGACAAACAAAACAUGUGCUUAUCAUUGAGUGUGCUACACAGACAACAUCAACUAGAAGCGACGCGUUUGCAUAUGGCAAAGGGAAACAAUAGGCACUAUCACAUUGGUUCGUGUUGUGGACCACUCUCCUAUUACUUAAUCCGUGUGUAUGCCAGCUGUUUGCGAAUAUACCCCCUCCCACCCAAGUAAUUCAGUUUUUUUUUUGCGUCUCAUAGUCUCCUCGAUCGCUACUGCUUCUGCCGCUGCUACUACUACUACUACUGACUGCUACCUUCAAGAAUAAUUGUGUAGGAGGGGCUGCCUUAAUCUAUUAUUGUUUAGCAAGAAAUUUAUUUCACUGUGCAAAGGAUUCGUUUUUUGUUUCACCUAUUGAAUCAGGAUUAUAAAGAGGACAUGAAGUAUGCUAGUUUUUUUUUAUUUAUUGUCGCUCCUUCUUACUUUAGUACUCGAUAUGGCUAGGAUACAGUUAUUAAGAGGAAAUUAAACAUUCGCAUAUGAAUAAGGAUCUUAGGGAAAGAUAUGAGUUUGUUCCAAAUUAUUUGUGAGCGAAAUCAUGCUGUGUAUGCGUCUGUCUGGAUGGCUUUCCGAUAUAAACAAAUGGAUUGAACACUUUUUGGAGCCGAAUAAAAUCACCACUAACAUAACAGUUCACACACCACCACGCAAGUACGACCAACCAGAGAACAGAAAGGGUCAAUCGUUGAAAAAAUAAAUCACUGUCGGCAGAUUGUGUUGUAAGGGGCAGGAGGACACGUUUUGCUUAACAGGAACAAUGGGGUUUAACGAGGAAUUUAGACUGCAAUAACACAGCCGCUGAGUAGACACAGAAUAAAAAUACUGCUAAACUAUGAAGAAGAGAAAGAGAAACACUGAAACCAAUAAAAGACGCUACCAGAUUAGAUUGAGAUACGCAAAGAAAGUUUGAUAUGGAUAAACCGUAACGGCUGAAGAAGAUAGACGAGGAUAGAAAAGAUAUCCGGAAGUGACAUCCGAAAACAUUCAUUCAGAUCAGUUUAAGAAAAAAAAAGAACAGCUACAAGUGUAACAGUUACGUUUAAUUAAGAUGAAUAAAAACACUAUAUAUAGACGAAA